UUUUGUACAAGCAGUAGGCCAGGCUCACUGGUGGAACAUCUCAGUGUAUGACACUGACUGAUGAAAAUGGUCCUCUGUCUUCUACCUAAUCCUCACAGCCUCCCUCAUGUUUUGAUCUUGUGAAAUUAGAAAUGUUGGCUAUCUUCAUGCAACUUCUCAGUUUUUUCCAUGUUGACUUCAUUUUAUGUUACUACAGCUACACAUAUGCAUUCAGUGCUCAAAAGAGCCCACUGUGUGUAAGUUUUUCCACAGCCCACCAGAGCAGCCUGGAGAUAAACCUUCAGAAACUGGCCAAGUCCAGCGCAAAGAGGUUUGCCACUGGCCAUGCCGAUGCCCACCAGUGCCAGCCUGCACCCCCGGGGUCAGCCUGGUGAAGGAUGGCUGUGGCUGCUGUAAGGUCUGUGCCAAGCAGGCAGGAGAGCCCUGCAAUGAAGCAGAUGUCUGUGAUCCCCACAAAGGGCUCUACUGCGACUACUCGGAAGACGAGCCUAGGUAUGAAACAGGCGUUUGUGCAUAUGUGGUAGCUGUAGGAUGCGAGCUCAAUGGAGUUUAUUAUGCCAACGGGCAGACCUUUCAGCCUAACCGGAUUUAUAAGUGCCUGUGUGUCAGUGGUACAAUUGGAUGUACCCCUGUAUUCACACCGAGAUUAGCAGGAAGUCCUUGCGCCAGGGUCCCAGGCAGAAAGAAGCCAGGACAAUCCAUCUGUGGCCUGGGACAGCACAAACAACUUCAAUCAACCAACUACAGACUGAUGUCAGCUUACAGAAGCUUACCACUAGUUUUGAAGAAAAAGUGCCUCAUACAGGCAACUCCCUGGACACCCUGUUCCAGGACCUGUGGCAUGGGCAUAUCCAGCAGAGUGACCAAUGACAACAGAAAAUGUGAAAUGAAAAAAGAAAAGAGAUUAUGCUUCAUUCAGCCUUGUUUGACCAAUAUGCUGAAGAAAAUAAAGAUUCCAAAGGGAAAAACAUGUCAACCAACAUUCCAGCUUCCAACAGCAGAGAAGCUAGUUUUUUCUGGAUGCUCAACUACUCAAAGAUACAAACUAACUUUCUGUGGAGUGUGCUUGGACAAGCGGUGCUGCAUUCCUAAUAAGUCCAAAAUGAUCACUGUGCAGUUUGAGUGUCCCAACGAAGGCUUCUUCAGGUGGAAGAUGAUGUGGGUAACAUCCUGUGUGUGUCAGAGGACUUGCAGUGCUCCGGGAGAUAUAUUUUCCCAACUCAAACUCCUAUGA